AUGAGGAGGCCGCCCAUGCGGUUUCCCCGCCUUGCGGCCAACUUCGGCGGUCCACAACGAUCAUAUUUACACACUGUCUACAGGCCAUGGCGUAUACCAAUCACCUCAUGCUGCUAUAAUAGCAGGAGUUUCUCAUCGAUAAGCGCUCUUCUGUCAUCUUCCUUCAAUCGCUCCGAUUUCACCAGUCAACCUUUCACUGGAAGCUAUGAAGCUGGACUUCCGACUUCCGGACCCUUGGGCUCCGCACCCGCCUUUGGAGCUCCAAGACUGACGCCUAGAAUGCUCAAGCAGUAUCUCGAUCAAUAUGUUGUGGGACAGGAUCGAGCAAAGAAGAUUCUGAGUGUGGCUGUGUAUAAUCAUUAUCAGCGUAUAAUGGAGUUACAGCGACAGGAGGAAGCGGCUGCGGAAGCAAUGGCACAAAAAGAGAGACGAGAGGCGAUGGAGGCUCAUCCGCUUGAUAGUCAUCAACGAACGAUCCACAUCGGCUCACCGAUGCAAGAUAUGAUAGAAAGCCGGCUCGGCCGCUCAUCAUCGUUUACCGAUACUUCCAUGACGCAGCUCGAAAAGUCAAAUAUCCUUCUACUAGGACCUUCAGGUGUGGGAAAGACAUUAAUGGCCAAGACUCUAGCUCGGGUUUUGGACGUACCGUUCAGCAUGUCAGACUGUACGCCGUUCACGCAGGCCGGUUACAUUGGAGAAGACGCUGAUGUGUGUGUACAUCGACUGCUUGCCGCCGCCAACUAUGAUGUGGAAAAGGCAGAGAGAGGUAUUAUAUGUCUCGAUGAAGUUGAUAAGAUUGCAACCGCUCGAGUCAGUCACGGUAAAGAUGUCAGCGGAGAAGGUGUACAGCAAGCCCUCCUCAAGAUUGUGGAGGGUACCACAAUACAAGUACAGGUCAAACCAGAGAAAAAUAGCUCUCGACCUGCCGGCGGAGCUCCGGGAUCUUUUCCACCUGGUACAGCUCCAGGUUCUGGUUUCAAUUCUUCAUCAACUGCGUCUGGCCCUCCACCACAAAAGGGUGAAGUAUACAAUGUGAGGACAGACAACAUCCUUUUCAUAUUCUCUGGCGCUUUUGUCGGGCUCAACAAGAUAAUUAUGGAUCGUAUUUCGAAAUCAUCAAUGGGAUUUGGACAACCAGUUAGGGCAUCUUCCAUUUCAUCCGGCAAUGGUUCUUCGUCCCAGGAUGCGUCCAACGAAACACCUAUCCCUAUCGCUCCAGGCUCUGAAGAAGAAGCUCUAUACAAGAAGUACCUACCCUUUUUCACAUCAGCGACUCCUCUCACUUCACAAGAAGAACCCAUAUAUUUUAACCCUCUGGACCUUUCGACGCCAGCAGAUCUACAAAAAUACGGCUUCAUCCCCGAACUCGUCGGUCGUAUCCCAGUCACUACAGCACUUUCCUCCCUUAGUCAUUCCCUCUUACUACGCAUUCUCACCGAACCCCGCAACUCUCUCAUAACGCAAUACGAAACCUUAUUCGACCUCUCCGGCAUAAAAUUAAGCUUCACCACCCCAGCACUCCAUAAAAUCGCCUCCAACGCUCUUACAAUGGGCACAGGUGCCCGAGCCCUACGCACAGAACUAGAAACAAUCCUCUCAGAUGCAAUGUUCGAAGCUCCCGGAUCAUCCGUGAAAUUCGUCCUCGUCACUGAGAACGUGGCAGAUCGACAGGAAAAACCAAUCUAUUUCGGACGUGGGCAGGGAAGCCGAUUCCAUUCCAUGAUUGCCGCUGAAGAGAGUGAUUGGGAGAAUAAGAUGCAACGAGACAAGAAGCGGAACUCAACCAACCACGGCAAUGGACAUAAAUCUGGAAGUAAAGUGUUGAGUUUUGCAGAGUAUAGGAAUCGGGCUUCUACUGCUGGCUGA